AUGGAUAAUACGUAUAAGGUCAACCGCUUUAACAUGCCGCUUCUACAGAUCAUUGGCACAACAGGGCUACACAAGAGCUUCAGUGUAGGCUUUGGCCUCACUGCCAAGGAAGACGAAGGCGCGUUCCAAUGGAUCCUCUCACAGUUGCGUGAGGCUGGUCGGCAGGCUGAUAUUCCGGACCCGGGCGUUGUGAUUACCGACUUUGAUACCGCCCUGAAGAACGCCCUUGACUCUAUCUUCCCAUCAACGCAACAACAAGUGAUCCUCGAUGGCACCGAGAUUGGCGGAGAUAGGCCAGAACAGGAGACUCGCCUCGCUGCAGCAGCCGCUCUCGACGACCCUAUACAGGCAGAUAAUGCCAUUGACGAGGACCGACCUAUCGACCGUGCCACUGAUUACCAGAUUCAACAUGCCUCACAACUGGCAGAUCAAGUUUUCGGAUCAGCCAGCUCUCGUUAA